AAGUGCUCGCUCUUAUUGUGAAGAGAACUUCCUGUUUUGGUCCAAGCGGCGGAGUUAACGUUAACGACCCGAGAAAGGGGCGAAAGUUUUAUUCUUUGGUUUUUGGCUCUGUGAGUUUUGGUUCUCCGGGUUCGUGCUUGUUCCGGUCGACGCGGCCUGACAUGAGUCUGAGUCUCAGGUGAUUCGGGUACCAGGUGUUUGCUGGGGGAAGAAGAGGAGAGCAUGGAGGGCAAGUUAGCGGACAGCCCUUGUUCAUCGGAGCCGGACAGCCCCGGAGGGCUGAACCGAGGCUGCCUGCUCGACUCGGACGAUGUCCCGUACCCCGAGUUGCCCGUCAUCGUCCCGGAAACCCCCAGCCCGCAACUCGCCAAGCGUCGGAGGCGCCGGUGCGUCAUAGAGGAGCGUUUCAGCCCGGUGCCGGUGGACAGCUCUCCAGAACCGGAGUGUCCCACCCCCAGCAAGCAAGCUUUUUCACAUAGUUCUAAACGCCGGCGGCUGGCCAAGCAGAGCGGGGGCUUCGUUCCCGCGUCCUCUCUCAGGACGUUUGCUUUGGGCAGCUGGCUGGAAGCCCCGCGGUCCACUGGAUCCUCAUCGUCCUCUUCGUCUUCUUCCUUAUCGUCCUCUUCCUACCUCACUCCGGUAUCAGUCCUUCAGCCGAAACCAAAUGAGACGAAUACUUUGGCGUCACCGUCGGUGUCACCGCCUCCAUCCGCAGCGUCGAGCUCCAACUCGCUGUCCUUCCUCACCGAAGAGGAGAGGAGGUGGCUGAACGGUGAUGAAGGCGGCGCCUCUGCAGCUGCGGUGGAGCAGAUCAUCAUCAGCGACGAUGAGGAGGCCACCGUGCGUUCACUACAGAUGGAGGAAGACGAGGCGCUGGCCCGCAGCCUGCAGGCUCAGUUUGACCGAGAGGAGUCCGAGCUUCACGGCAGGCACCAGCAUCAUCACCAUCACCUUCAUCAGGAGAGCCACCACAGGUUUUAUCCCUACGUGGAGCCUCGCUGGAUGUCUCAGGUGCUCGCUGCCGUCUCUCCUCUUGUGGGGCUGGAAGAAGACCUGAUUGGACAGCGUAGAAGACGUGGGCGGGGCAGGAGGAGGAACGGCAUACCCGACUUUUCAGACGACCUUCAAGGAAACGACUACGAGGCUCUGCUGGAGUUCGAGGAGCGUCAGGGCGCCGUGGUAUCCAGGAAGCUGAGUCGGAGGGAAAUCCAAAGGUUUCCCACCAAGGUGUUUCAGGGAUCCAGCAGUGGCAGCGGGAACACGCAGUGUCAGAUCUGUUUCUGCGACUACGACAACGGCGAGAAGCUGAGGAUGCUGCCCUGUUUCCAUGACUAUCACGUCCAGUGUAUCGACCGAUGGCUGAAGGAUAACACCACCUGUCCCAUCUGCAGAGCCAACCUGGCUGAUGGAGACGCAGUCGCCCCCCCGACUUCUGACCUCUAACCUCGUUUCUACAGUUUUCUAUCGGAGCAGACGGGUUCGUGUCUCCUGAAGGACGACUCAGACUUCUGUUUUUUAGUUUUUUAUAUUUUUAUUUAAAGGUUUGUCGGUGCUCAUGUGACCACAGGAAUAAAACAAUAAAACCUCGCA